UGAUGUUAGCGCCUGGCGCUGGGUGAACAGGACAUGCCAGGCACCCGUGAGGGACAGGUUCAGAUUAGUAGGGCUUGGCGGGAUCCUCCACAGACCUCAGUGCUGUACUCUCACGCAUGCACGGGAGUUCAGCAGUGACGUCUGCCCCGGUGUCUGAAGAGGACCCGUCAGGAGAAGAUGGUGGUGCCCAUGAUGGACAGGUUCAGACCCGUCUGCUAACAGAUGAUUCUAUCCACAUACACUGAUCAGCCACAACAAUAAAAACACUGACAGGUGAAGUGAAAAACAUUGAUUAUAUUGUUACAAUCCCACCUGUCAAGGUGUGGGAUAUAUUAGGCAGUUCUUGAAUUUCAUGGAAGCAGUAAAAAUGGAGAAGAAAAAAGAACUGAGUGACUUUGACAAGGGCCAAAUAGAGAUGGCUAGACGGCUGGGUCUGAGUGUCUCCAGGACGGCAAGUCUUGUGGGGUGUUCCAAGCAUACAGUGAUUAGUAACUUCCAAAAGGGGCGCAAGGACGUACAACCGGUGAUCAGUGUAAAGCUUCAACAAAGGAACGGCAGGAAAACUCUUACAAAUAUUCAAGGGAUUCCUGAUGAACACGAUAAGAAAAAACUAGUUCAAGCAUUCAAAGAGAAAUUUGCUUGUGACGGUGCUGUGGUUGAACAUCCAAUAUUUGGAGAGAUGAUCCAGCUUCCGGGAGAUCAACGCAAGAAUGCUUGCCAGUUCCUUGUAGAGAUUGGACUUGCCAAGGAUGACCAAUUGAAUGUUGUUGAGUCUUAAGCUGCAAAACCUAUUGUCUGCAUCUAAAAUUAAAGCACUUCCUCUGGCAUAAAAAACAAACCCUUCUUGUCUCAAGUUUAAAACUUGGCUAUUGAAAUGCUGCCCCUUUGAGGACUGUA